AUGCGAGUAGAGCUAGAUGGUAUUGUAUACAAACGUGCAAGAUAUACGGGUGAUUGUGAUGCUAUGUUUCGGGUCCGGGUCAGUGGUGUGUUAGGUAUGACAAUGCCAGUAUUGAGAAUUUCCAUGUUCCUACAACCAGCGUCGCCAGAGCCCCGCGAGUUUGUCUUGGUAACUAUGAUGGGAAUGUGA